AUGUUUGCUUUGCAUGAGAUGUCAAGACAAAUGAGGAUUGUGUGUAAGAAUGGAGCAGUGUCAGGAUUUGGUGGGUUUUUUAGGGCAGCUGGUAAUGAUGUUGAGGGCCUUGAGGCUUCAUAUUCGUCAAUUCGUCGUUUAAGCUCCAAUUGGAAUCAAAGUUCCACAAAGGAGCCAAUCAGUAAUCUGUUGAAAAACAUUCCAGAAUUUGUGAAGAUAGUGGAAGUUGGUCCAAGGGAUGGACUUCAGAAUGAGAAGCACAUUGUUCCUACUGCUGUGAAGGUUAAAUUGAUUGAAAUGCUGGUUGCUUCAGGAUUGGAUGUUGUUGAGGCUACAAGUUUUGUCUCACCCAAAUGGGUUCCGCAGCUGGCAGAUGCAAAAGAUGUAAUGAAGGCGAUUCGGAAUGUUGAAGGUGUUAGAUUUCCUGUCUUAACUCCUAACCUUAAAGGAUUUGAGGCGGCUGUUGCUGCUGGUGCAAAGGAAGUUGCCAUCUUUGCCGCAGCUUCUGAGUCUUUUUCAAAAUCAAAUAUAAAUUGCAGUAUUGAAGAUAGUCUCAUUCGUUACCAUGAUGUUGCUACUGCUGCUACAAAGCUUUCAAUUCCUGUUCGUGGGUAUAUCUUCUAA